AUGGCUUUGGCUCGGGCGGAGGGAAUCAUUCACGCCAAUCCGCGGGCCUCCACGGUGGAUCUCUCGGGUCUCGGCCUUGAUACGUUACUUCCGCUCUUCCCACUCCUUGCCGUCAUGCCGCGUCUAAAGUCACUUAAACUCGCACGCAAUAAACUCACAUCCCUCCCAAACGAUCUCUCAGUCAUACGACAACUGGAGUAUCUUGAUAUAUCGGAAAACCCCAUCAAUGGGUUGGAUAGCAUUAUGAGUGGGCUUUCCACUCUCGUUGUGCUUAAACACUUGUACGUUGAUCUCUCCUAUGAAAGCGAGGAGGAUGAGAUCAUUAUCUCACUGCAGUCAUUAGAAAGCUUCAACGGGACCUCGUUAACAGAGACAUUAAAUGAUGCAGAAGGAGAGGAUAGACGUGAGAGUGAUGAUGUUCAACGAUUAAAUGAUACUCCCACAGGUAUCUCAGUUCCCUCAAUGCGUAAUGAGACACCGCGACAAUCAUAUCCACAACCACAAACACAAACACAGGUACAACCACGGCCUGAUGUAUUUUCUCAUCAGUGGAGUGAUGAUGAUACAAGGAAUAUGCAAGAUCUUUACAAUCUUGUUACUGAAGCCACUAACAACGUUUCCAGUACUAGAGAAUUCAAUGCGUACGUGAUUAAUGUCGUUCAACACCUAAAUGCGUUGACAGCAGCUGAAGGAGAUGCGGCAAGUCGUGAAGGUGAAACACUUAAGGCUAAGAAGGUUCUUUACGAAUAUUGCCUUGAUGAAUUAUGUCGUGCGGCUAGAAAGAAAGAUGCCGCUCUUGGACGUGCCUUUACAACAAUUAUAAAAUCUCAAACAACUCUUCUUGAGCAAUACGACCUUCUCUGGCGCCGCAUUGCAGGUGACAAAAAUGAACGCAUUAAUGUAAUGAAGAAAGACAUGCAAGAUGCUAUUCAUGAAAUUGAGUCACUCAUGGCUCAGAUUGGCCAUACAAACAGAGGGAGCGGCAAUAUUACUUCUCCAGAAAAAGAGAUGGAAAUGCGAAUGCUGCAAGAAGAAAUUGGGCGACUACGCACAGAGAAUGAGCGUUUACAGACAAAGUUGCGCUUUGCGGAAACUACAGGAUGUAGUCCAAACCCAGUUUCUGUCUCUUCAAUACGUCGACCAUCCGCCUCCGCUGAUCGUUCUCAAAUAUCACCAUCACAGCCGCAUGUUCCGCAGUUUGGAAAUAAGGUGUUAACGCUAAAACAACUAAAGAGUACGAUUGAGGAUAUCUAUGCAUCAAAGAGCAAGUAUGAUAUUAAGUGCUCAGAGAGUCAUCUUCCUCGUGAAACAAUGGAGCAGCACAUGUAUACAUACUUAAACCAACGAUAUGGACUGAAGCAUAUUAUUCUUGAUUGGGCUACUGCCAUCAUUCAAGGGGUAAAAAAAUACAGCCCAGAAGAAAAUGACGUGGCGGUGUUCGGAAAAAUUCUUCGAAAUGAGAUUGAUGAAGAGUUUCGUUUCGUUCAACGUCAAGUUCGUGAAACUGUGCACGAACUUCUUCGCAUCUACAUAAAGGGUAAACGACCCACAAAAAGUGACAUGGAAAUUGAAAAAAUAGUACAGAAAAAAGUUAACAGUACGAUAUUAGAAGAUGAGUGGGUUGAUAUUGUUAAGUACAUGUACAACACAGAGGAUGCGGUGUCUCUCAUAAUGCAGAUUCGUGACCAUUUACGUCAAAUAUCUCAACCCCAUCGCCGUCGUGCUGCGACUCAAAAAAGUCAAGACAUCGCAGGAAAAGAUGAAGUGCGGUUACCUUACAUGGACUUUGUGCAUAUUCUGCUGGAUUUCCAGCUGAAGGGACACGAACGCUUUCUCGCCCGUUUCCUCGCCAUAUUUCGGCAGCACGACCAUGAUCGCAAUGGUAUUGUUAACGCCCAGGAAUUCGCCGCCAUUUUGAAGAGCCUUGACGCUUCCAAAACAGACGAAGAUGUGAACGCUGUAUUGGAGCUUAUUGAUCCUUUUGGUAAUCAGCUCAUCACAUACUCAGAGUGUGUGACUUUUCUAAGCAAUGAAAUUGUUAAAAUGAUGAAGGCAUCUGAGUGA